UAAACUGGGCGGAGUCUUUCGAGUUCCUGACAAGACACGUCAUGCAGUGACAGCGGGGAGAGGAGAUUGUCCUGUAUUUUUGCGAACAGACCCUCGCCGCCUAAUCGUCUGCCUUGGCCCGCCCCCUUCUCCGAGGAUAUCCCUCCCCUCUUCGGCGGCGCGCGCCUCUCGCUUUCCAAUGGAGGAGGCGGGGAUGCUGUACGGAUUGCGGGCGGGAUGGGGGCGCAGCAGAGCUGCAGCCGGCCCGGGACAAGCGCUCUGCGAGAGAAGCGGCAGCGGCUGCAGCAACAGCCGCGCGCUCGGCGGGGAGCCCGAACUGGAGGCAGAGGCAGGCGCCGGAGGAGCCCCCGCCGAGGCUCUGGCGGGCUGGGAUGAAGCCGGGGGCGGGCGGCUGUGGGGCCAGAUAGCCUCUCGAGGAGGAGGAGGAGGAGAAGGAAGAGGUGACGGCGGCUGCUGUUAUUGCUGCUGCGGGGAGGAGGCGGCUGAGGGCAACGGGGCGGUGGUCGCCGCCGCCGCCGCGGGGGAGUGGGGCUCUGGACAGCUCGGCGGCGGAGCAACUGCUGGCGGAGGGAUGGCGGCCCCCCAGGGCUACCCGCUCUCGGACCCCGGCUCCAACAGCGAGCGCAGCGCUGACUCGCCCUUGCCCGACGACGACUGCUCCUCCUCGGCCGGCCCCGCCCGCGCCCACUCCGCCAGCCCCGAGUGGGGCGAAGAGAGGUUCCGCGUGGACAGGAAGAAACUGGAGGCCAUGCUGCAAGCUGCUGCUGAAGGAAAAGGAAAAAGUGGGGAAGACUUUUUUCAGAAGAUUAUGGAAGAAACAAACACCCAGAUUGCUUGGCCAUCUAAGCUGAAGAUUGGUGCAAAAUCAAAGAAAGAUCCCCAUAUUAAAGUCUCUGGGGAAAAGGAAAACGUUAAAGAAGCUAAAGAGAAGAUCAUGUCUGUCUUGGAUACAAAAAGUAAUCGAGUCACCCUGAAGAUGGAUGUAUCUCAUACAGAGCAUUCUCAUGUGAUUGGCAAAGGAGGAAAUAAUAUUAAAAAGGUGAUGGAGGAAACAGGCUGCCACAUCCAUUUUCCAGAUUCGAAUAGAAAUAACCAAGCAGAAAAAAGCAAUCAAGUGUCUAUUGCAGGACAGCCAGCUGGUGUUGAAUCUGCCAGAGUCAGAAUACGGGAGCUGCUCCCUUUGGUACUGAUGUUUGAAUUACCUAUAGCUGGAAUCCUUCAACCAAUCCCUGAUCCCAAUUCUCCCACAAUUCAGCAUAUAUCACAGACAUAUAACAUUUCAGUGUCCUUUAAACAACGUUCUCGGACAUAUGGUGCUACAGUCAUCAUCAGAGGAUCUCAGAAUAAUGCUAGUGCUGUGAAGGAAGGAACUGCUAUGCUUUUGGAGCACCUAGCUGGUAGCUUGGCUUCUGCGAUCCCUGUAAGCACACAGCUGGAUAUAGCAGCUCAACAUCAUCUCUUUAUGAUGGGUCGAAAUGGCAGCAACAUCAAACAUAUCAUGCAGAGAACCGGUGCUCAGAUACAUUUCCCUGAUCCCAGUAAUCCACAGAAGAAAUCCACAGUCUACCUCCAGGGCACUAUUGAGUCGGUCUGUCUUGCCAGACAGUAUCUCAUGGGUUGCCUUCCUCUUGUGCUGAUGUUUGAUAUGAAGGAAGAAAUUGAUGUAGAACCACACUUUAUAACUCAGCUAAUGGAACAGCUGGACGUCUUCAUUAGUAUUAAACCAAAGCCAAAGCAACCAAGCAAGUCUGUAAUUGUAAAAAGUGUUGAGCGAAAUGCCUUGAACAUGUAUGAGGCACGAAAAUGUCUCCUGGGCCUUGAAAGUAGUGGAGUCGCCCUAGCAGCAAGCCCAUCCACAGUCUCCUGUCCUGUUGGCCUCUCAUGUCCUGGAUUGGAUAUCCUGUCCUCAGCUGGCCUAGGACUUACUGGACUUGGUCUUCUGGGUCCAACUGCCUUAUCUGUCAACACAUCCACUACUCCAAAUUCUCUCUUGAAUGCCCUUAAUAGUUCUGUUAGUCCUUUGCAGAGUCCAAGUUCAGGCACACCUAGCCCAACAUUAUGGGCAUCUUCAAUUGCCAAUGCAAGUGCCACAGGCUUCUCUGCUAUUCCCCACUUGAUGAUGCCAUCUGCUGCCCAAGCUGCUUUAACCAGUAUUCUUCUGUCAGGAGUGCCAAACUACAGUCAGAAUACACCAUCUCCCCCUCCUGGCUUAACCCCAGUUGACAUUCAUGUCAAUGGCAUGCAAGAAAACAAGAAAAGCCCGCCUUCUUUAAAUGGUCAUGUGAAGGCCUCAGCUAUGAAGUAUACUGCACUAUCUGCCGCGUCACUUGGUGAAAAUGUGUUGAGUCCAAACCACAAUGAUUCAUCCAGGCAGACGAGUAGCCAUGGUGCUUCUGAACAAGUUGCCACCAAAGCAAAUACUAGUGAAGGUUGCAAUGAUGCUUUUGUGGAAGUGGGCAUGCCAAGAAGUCCUUCACAUUCAGCAAAUGCAAGUGAUCUGAAGCAAAUGAUGAGUUCCUCCAAACAAUCCUGUGCAAAAAGACAAACAGUAGAACUGUUGCAAGGCACCAAAAACUCAUAUUUACACACCGCAGAGAGAUUGCUGUCAGAUUCUGAGCUGAGUGCUUCGGAGAGCCCAGUAACAGAUAAGAAAGCACCUGGAAGCGAGCGAGCCGCUGAAAGAGCUGCAGCUGCCCAGCAGAAUUCUGAAAGAGCACGCCUUGCCCCACCGUCUUCAUAUAUCAAUAUGCAGGCAUUUGACUAUGAACAGAAGAAGCUAUUAGCAACCAAAGCUAUGUUAAAAAAGCCAGUUGUUACUGAAGUGAGAACACCAACAAACACCUGGAGUGGACUUGGUUUCUCCAAAUCAAUGCCAGCUGAAACAAUCAAGGAAUUAAGACGAGCUAAUCAUGUAUCAUAUAAACCAUCUAUGUCAACGACUUACGAGGGUUCACUGUCUCUCUCGCGGUCCAACAGCCGGGAACACCUGGGAAGUGGGAGUGAUUCUGAUAACUGGAGAGAUCAUAAUGGCAUUGGCCCUACAGCUCCCAGUGACUUCGUCUCGUCCAUUGGCAGCCCUAAACGGAAGCAAAACAAAUCAGCUGAACAUUAUCUCAGCAGCAGCAAUUACAUGGACUGCAUCUCCUCACUGACAGGAAGCAACGGCUGUAACUUGAACAGUCUAUUUAAGGGAUCUGACCUGCCUGAGCUGUUCAGCAAACUGGGUUUGGGCAAAUACACAGACAUAUUCCAGCAACAAGAGAUUGAUCUUCAGACAUUCCUUACCCUCACAGAUCAGGAUCUGAAAGAACUUGGGAUUACUACUUUUGGUGCACGAAGGAAAAUGCUGCUUGCAAUCUCAGAACUGAAUAAAAACCGAAGAAAACUGUUUGACCCUGCCAAUGUCCGUGCCUCAUUUCUGGAAGGUGGCGCUAGUGGAAGGCUGCCGCGUCAGUAUCAUUCAGACAUUGCUAGUGUGAGUGGCCGCUGGUAGCAGUAAAUGGAGAUUCUCACAGUCGACUGCACAAACGGACAUGGCAAUCCUGUGGACAGCCAUCGCUGCACACCACCCUCUGCACUUUGGGAGUUUAGGUACCAAGGACCAAAGCCUUCUUUUCUGCACAAAUAGUUGUGCCCAAAAAGAGAGAGAGAGAGCACUUGUCUGUCUUUCUGAACACCAAAUGUGGAUUAUGUUUUACUCAUGUAGGUUGGACAGAAUUUGCAAUAAUAAUAAUAUAGGGUUCUUUGUUUAGUAUUUUAUUACUUAUAACUAUAUUGUAUGCACUGAUUUUUUUUACUUCUUUAAAUGAACAGUGAAGGGCUGGGAUGCCAGAGGGGCAUAGCAUGUGUUUUUUAUGAAGAAGGUAUUUCUGGUACUGCUUAGGUCUUUCUGCACUUUACGUGUUCUGAUUUCUUGUCCUGUGGAAAUUUUUAUCAUUUUUCCUCUAAUUUCCAAGGGAAAAAAAAUUCUGUUGACACAAAUCAAUGUUUGUCAGGUGUGUUACCACAAUAGAUGAAAAAUCUUGCCAUAAAUGGUACUAGAAAAUCAAUUUUUGAUUAUUUCUUUCCCACACACACACACACACACACAUACACACACCUUAAACAACUGUAGAAAAGUCUUCCACAAUCAGGUCUCUUAGUGUUGGACCAACCUUGUUUUCGCUUUGGAGAGGCAGUGUAAGAAAUCCUUGCAAUUAAGUUUGCACACUGUAAAAGAUGCAAUGAAAGACCAAAAUGGACCUUAUUGCCAUCAGUUAACCCUAUUUAGCUGCUGCCUGGAAUGCUAAAACUGAUUUUAAUGGUUGUCUCAAAGCAAAGGACUAUUUUAGUAUAUACUGCCACUAAAGGACACUUUAUUUAUAGUAAAUGCCUUAUUUUUAGAAUCUGUACACUUACAGUGCAUAAGAGAUGAGACGGAUCUAUUAAAAAGUUGAAAACAGAGAAUGGAAAGCAAUCCAUGAUAAUAGAACUCUGGGCCAUCACUUUCUUUAAACAGCGCAUUAAUUUCUUUUGACAAGACAGCACUGUUGCAUUUAUUUUGAGAAGGAUAUUGCUUACAUGACUCUUCAUUCAGUUGCAGAUCAACAUGAGUCAAAUAGCUGCAAUGACAUCUGGGAUUUUUUGGUUGCUUUAAGUUUGUGAUUGUCAGCUACAGAAGUUUUGAGAUGAACUAUUUCCAAAACCUGUAUUGACUAUGAUCAGAAAGGGUCCAUGUUGCACAUGGCUAGAGCUAACAGUUGUUGUGUUAUACUGUGAAAGGUUAAGAAAUCUGGUUAUACUAUUUCUGUCUUUUUGCAAAUGACUAAGUAUAAAUCUAUGAAGUGAAGGAUAGCAUGAAGUGCCUCUCUGCGAUGCAAUAUGUUGUUUCCAAACAUGAAUUUAUUGAAAUGGAAAAAACCAUUCCCAUAGCAGAUAUUGUGAAUUACUUGUACUGUAAUGACUUAUUUAUGUACAAUGUACAAACCCUUUAAGGUGGAUGUAAACCACUCUUAACGAAGGCAUUAGACUUAACCAAUUACCAUAGUUGUUUUUUAUAUAUGCAAAACCUGGGGUGAGAAAUAGUUUUGACACUUUCUGUGGAUAAUUCUUUUCUAUGGUGAGGAAAACUUUACACACAAAGGGAAUUUUAAAGGGUGUGAGAGCAUAGAUGAUGCAAUAAUAACGUUACAUAUCAGCAUUUGUUAACUGUCUCAAAUGCCGCUGAUCUUUCCCCAGUGUUUGGAAAGAUGUGGACCAGAUUCGUGCAUGUAGGACUGCAGCUGGCUUUUUUCUUUGCAUUAAGCUAUGUGUUCAACUGGGAACGCAAGUACUUCAGACUUGAAACAUAACAGGUACUUCUGCACAUAUGACAAUAUAGAGGUCCUGAUACUAAAAACACUAAUUUUUUUAACCACGAAUACUCCCUUUGGUAUGAGUCUCUUCAUAUGUGUGAAACUAGCACUUGUGUUAGCAGAUCAGGACCUCAGUCUGCCCAUGUAAAUUUUUACAAAAAGACAAAGAUAACUUAGUGUAAUGUUUUGCCAGAGUUAUUUUGAGUACCUGCAAUCUCUCUUGGCUUCGGUUGCCCCCCUCCCCCAAAGUAUGCAUUCUUCUCUCACAGAACUGUGCAUAUUGAAUUUCCUUCAGUUUUUACUUAAAUGCCAAGUGUUAUGACAGUAUUAUACCUGGAAGCUACUAUGGUCUAUGAAAUGAAGAAUUUCCCAGAUAUAAGAAUAAAGAUGAGGCUGCACAUUCUCACACACAAACUCCACACUGGAAAAACAACUUUCUCACUCCUUUUGAUUCCACAAAAGGGAAAUAUGGCAAUGCAAUAUUCAGUAUUGUCGUUAUUGUAUUAUGCACAAAAUUAUUGAAACAUUUGUUUUAAAUUUUGUGCCUUUGUAGCGACCAGUUAUCUGUAAAUAUAGAGCAGAUACAGAUUGUAUUUUUGGGAGGGAGGGGGUCCUUUUUAGUGAUUUUUUUAAAAAGAUGAAUAAAUAAAUGAAAGAUGGAAUUAAACAUUUAAAAAUGGGAAUUUUCCAAACUAAUCGAAUGUUACAUAAAAGAAUAAAUUUAUAUAACCCCCUUA